AUGAUGAUCCGCCCGUCCAGCCGCGCAGAAUGCAGUCUUGUGGCCGACACGCUCGAGCCAUCGAGUCCGAGUCGCACUCAAUCCACAAAGCUGCUAGCUCGCGCCGAGAGCCGACAACUGCCGCCGGUCGUCAGCUGUCCGCCGAGCAUCAGCGCCGAGGUUGCGCAGUCGUGGUCGCGCAGCUUGCUCUCGGGGACGGCGCAGGAAGCUGCGAGAGCCAUCGACGAGCUCUCGGCUGUCGUCGGUAGGAAUGCCGCUGCGAUGGAUACUGUCAUCGCCCAAGGCGGUGUGCCUGCCCUCCUCCACCACAUGCUGCGGGACCAAACGCUCGACGAAGCGAGCCCGUCGCUCGAGGUGCUGCAUCACUUGGAGCGGUUCGCAACAACCGAGCGGAGAGGCGUGCCCGACAUCCGCGGCGCCGUCGGCUUGCACGCAGACACGUCUCUGGUCGUCCUCGAGCGCAAGAACGCGCUGCGCAUCCUCUUUGCGCUUGGGUGUCUCCACGACGACCCAACGCGGACGUCGGAGCUCAUCGAGCGCCUUCGCAGUCUCUUGCGCAACCUCUGGGAGCCAUCGACAUCCGACAGCAUUCCGCUGACGCUCGAGUGCCUCCACUUUCUGGCGAGCGUAUCGCAGUACCGCGCGAUGCUCUACGGGCACUUGCUCUCGCCCGUGAGCGAGAAGCCGAUCGUGACCGAGUUUCUUACCAAGCACCCGGCCGCCAUCAUUGGCUCGAGCCUCGAGCUCCUCAAGAGCUUCAUGCCGGCCGCGCCUGAGACCGUCCUCGUCCGCAACGGCGUCAACGGCCUCGUGCAGCUCAUCGCGAAAGGCGCUGAGAAGGAGAGGGUGACCGCGCUCUUGGAGGAGCUCGCACGCCACGACAGCGCCGACGAGCAUGCGCCCGACCUCGUGUCCAGCGAGAUCUUCAAGGCGAUCGUGGCGCUUCUCUCGGACCCGAGUGGCGACGACGACCAGAAGGUCCGCGCCAUGGGCGUCAUGGAGACGCUGGCCAAGUACCAGAGGGUGCGCCGACACCUCCACCGAGCGAGCGUGAGCCCCGAGCUCUUUCUUGUCGCCAACCUCGCAUCGCCACGACCGCGCGAGCAGGCCGAGCGCCUCCUAGGGACGCUCAUCGAGGCGCCCGAGUUUGCCGAGUGUGUGCAAGUGUAG